AUGUCUUUUUUAAAUGCAGAAGCAAGUUUAAGAACACACACUGAAGUAGCUAACAUGAUUGAUGAGGACUAUAAUAAAGGUCCAACCCCACUUACUGAGCUAAAUAUUGAUUUGGUUAAUGACAUUCCCCUUGAUUAUAUGCAUUUGGUUUGCUUGGGUGUUACAAAACGAUUGCUUAGUUUUUGGGUAUCAGGACACCAAGGCGUACGUUUUUUUAAGGAGGAUUUGGACUUAUUAAAUGACAACUUAGAAUCUUUCAGAAAACAUUGUGUAGUGGAAUUUGCUAGACUGCCUAGGUCUCUAAAGGAAUUGGAUCGAUGGAAAGCAACAGAGUUUAGAAAUUUUUUGUUAUACUAUGGCCCCGCAGCAGUUAAAAAUGUGUUGAAGGAACCCCUAUGGAGUCACUUUCUCUCUUUUCAUGUAGCUAUCAGAAUAUUGGUAUCUCCUGAUCUGGUCAUCAAGCAAGAGUUUUUAAAUUAUGCUGAAGAGUUAAUAAAAUAUUUUGUUUCAAAAUUUGGAGACCUAUAUGGAAGAGAGUAUUUAAAUCAUAAUGUCCAUAAUUUAAUCCACUUAGUUAACGAUUACGCAGUGACUAGUUUUAAAGAGGGUGGGAUAAGUGUGAUCCCGAAAUGCUGGAUGUUAAACGACCACAUCGCAUACUGGCCAAACAGUGCCAAAAACUUAAGGACACUCAUCAUUAGGGCCAAUGCGCCAAAUUUGGAAUGGCCUACUUACAAAAUUACCAAAAUAUAUGGAGUUUAUGAUAUGUAUGAGGACGCCAUUGCCAUGGAGAAGCUUGCUGCUAAAGAAUCCUCUGAGUCAGAGUCUGAGGGCAGGGGCCCAGGGAAAAGGAAAUUCAAGAGGAAACAGCAGUACUCUCCUCCUCCAUCAUUUUCAAACACCACUUCCGAAAGUGAAAUAUCUAGUCCUGGCGAGUUCGAUCAUAACAAAAAUACGGAGUUCAAUACAAUUAUGGAAGAAGCAAUGUCCCACGAAAUGAUAAUGGAACCAGAAGUGAUAACUAUCAAUCCCCUUGAUAUUCAUAUUCAAGAUGAUAAUAUAUUGGAAUUGACAAACAUAAUAGAUGAUUCUGAUAAUCGUGGUGCAGUAACUUCGGGAGCUCGCUCAGGAGUGAUCGAAAUUAUUCCAGAUGGAGGGGCAGAGACUCAGCCAGAGUAUAAUCGUAAUGAGGUGAAGCCACCUAUAACAAAUGAACAAAUUUGGAAGAAACUGGAGGAUAUCGAUAAAACAUUGAAAUUUAUCCUGGUGAGGUUGAGCUCAUUGGAGGCUACAACUUCCUCCAACGUGGACAACACUAACAGCAAAGACCUCGAUUUUACAGGACUCCCCCCAUUACCUUUAAAAACUAUAGGGGAAAUAUUAGAUCUAGAAGAAUUACUAAAAUCUGGAGACUUAAAAAAAAAAAUGGUCAAUAGAAUGCUCCAAGUUUCUGGCAAAUCAGAAACUGAUUUUAUACGAAGAGCACUAGCUGCCACAUUCACUAACCAAGUUGCAUCUUCUUGUUCAUGGACGGGCCAGAAAAAUAAUUUCAGAAUUAAAGAUUGUGUUGUGAUGUUAGUGUUAAAAGGAGCAGUUCAGAAGACAUUCAAAAUUACUGAUAAGCAGUUUGAGGUGACGGCCAUGGAUUGGUUCCGUCACGCUAAUCAAAGAUUGAAACGCGAGGCUUAGUGAUUUGAAAAUACAUUUUUUUGAGUUUUUGAAAUAAGAUUUUUAUUUUUUAUUAUGGUUGGCUAUUUUAAAGUUUUUGAAAUUAUUAUUUUUUUUUAUUAUUGUUGGCUAUUUUGAAAGUUUUUGAAAUUAUGUUUUUAUUUUUUAUUAUUGUUGGCUAUUUUGAAGUUUUUGAAAUGUUUUU